AAUAAAAAAAAUAGUAAGACAGUGUGUGUGACUGUGUGUGUGUGUGUGCGCGCGUGUGUUUGUGUGUGUCAGUGGGUGGGUCUGUCCUGUGCGCGUGUCUGUGCGCACGCACGCGCCUCAGUAAAUUAGCAGAGUGUUUAUGGCCACAUACAUACAGUAUGUACAUGCGUCAUGCUCUGCGCUCAGGUUCACUGAGUCCGUUUGAAAAAGCAGACAGACGCGUUGGUGUAAGAAGAAAGAAAUGCCAAUUAGUCGCUUUUUGAAGGUUUUCUCUUUCUAAUCCAAGCUAAUUUUCAAAUGGCUUUCACAAGGGGGCACUUGCUGCACUUUCGAAAGGAAAGUUGGUCUCUUGGAGGCUGUUUAAAGCUGAAAAUGUGCGUUAUAAUGGUGCAUCAUUGAAUGAGACGUGCAUCCGUUUAUUUAUGCAAAGAGGCUAUCUCAUUGUGUCCCCUGCUCUGUAAUUAUCACCACCAGGCAAUCAAACACAAAAAUGAAAGUGUACAUCUCUUCUUACAUCUUACCUGAUAUCACUGCGUUCUAAUUGAACGUUUAUCAGUCACAUACUUGAAUAUUUCCAAAGAAUGUAUAUAAUUGCUUUAUUUCCGCCUAAAAAAGUGUGAACAAUGUGAAAAGAGCAGGUAAACUCGAGUUAGGAUGCAUUUACUCUGCACCUUUAACUAUGUUGUUGCGCAUCAAGUUUUAAGAAAGUAGCAACCUUUUAAUUUUGAAAUGAAACAAGUUUGCUGAAAGUUGUGUUGAGCGGCAGGCUACAAGAAAGGGGGACGGGAGUGCAGCAUGUUACGUCUGGUCUAUACAGAGGUAAUGAAGUGAAUUGCGUCAGUGGCGCAUGCAGGGCAGGCUUGAAAUGCGCCUGAUCUGGCCAGGCGGAUGAAAGUAGAGGAGCACUGUGGGGAGUGAGGAAAAAGUUCUCAACAAGGAGAGGCAGGACUACUCUUACGGAGCCCCUGCAGUCUCACUUUUUAUGCCUCGGAAAGACUUUCCCUGCCAUCCUUUUGCGUGUUUGCUCUGCAUCGCCGCUUUUACGUUUCCGACGGCGAAAUCCUACUUUUUAACUUGAGUGAAAGCACCAGGACCAUGGAGCUGCUCUGCCUCGAAAUGGACACCAUACGAGCUCGUCCCGAUCCGAACCUCCUGUGCGAUGACAGAGUCCUGCAGAGCUUGUUGACCAUAGAGGAGAGGUUUCUACCCCAAUAUUCCUAUUUCAAAGGCGUCCAGAAAGAUAUUCAGCCGUUCAUGAGGAGGAUGGUCGCGACUUGGAUGUUGGAGGUUUGUGAGGAGCAGAAGUGCGAGGAAGAAGUUUUUCCCUUGGCCAUGAACUACUUAGACAGAUUUUUAGCCGUGGUACCCACCAAAAAGUGUAACCUGCAGCUGCUGGGAGCAGUGUGCAUGUUUCUUGCAUCCAAAUUGAAAGAGACUCGUCCAUUAACCGCUGAAAAGCUUUGCAUCUACACAGAUAACUCCAUCAGACCACAAGAGCUGCUGGAAUGGGAACUGGUGGUGUUGGGGAAGUUGAAGUGGAACUUGGCAGCAGUAACGCCGAACGACUUCAUUGAGCACAUUGUGAGGAGGCUGCCGCUGCCUGAGGACAAGCUUGCGCUCAUACGCAAACAUGUCCAGACCUUCAUCGCCCUUUGUGCCACAGAUUUCAGAUUCGCCAUGUACCCUCCCUCCAUGAUUGCCACAGGAAGUGUGGGGGCAGCGAUCUGCGGCCUACAGCUGGAUUCAGCUGACCAGUCACAGUGGGGCGACAGUCUGACAGACCUGCUGGCCAAAAUCACAAACACAGAAGUGGAUGUUCUCAAAGAGUGCCAGGAGCAGAUUGAGCGCGUGUUGGUGAGCAGCCUGCGCGAGGGGCGACAGCAGCAGCAGCAGCAGCAGCAGACACAGAGGGGCCCCAGCGGGAAAGGCCUGGAUGAGCUGGAUCAAUCCUCCACCCCGACAGACGUCCGCGAUGUCAACUUGUGAACCGCCAGAGGGCACCAUUGCACAGGAUUUACAAAAAAAAAGCAUCAUGAAAAAAAACCCUCAAGUUUCUUAAAAGCAGAAAAAAAAGAACAAAAGAACAAAAAAUGUUAAAAACACAAGCCCUUCAAAAGAAAAAGAACAAUGCUUGCUAGUUUUUUUUGUAGAUUUUCUGUUCUUCAAGUCAAAAACAUCUGCCCACAAAAUAGAUUUUCUAUGAUGUUCUAGUCUAAAAACAACAAAUUUGAUAUAAUGAAGCUCUGUGGUGCCUUGGAUAUACAGAAGGGAAGCCAAUCAUUACUUGCAUUCUGCCUCUGAUUGUGUAGUAUGAUCUUUAAGUUAAUUUUAACCGUAGUUGAUAAUGAGGCUGUUCUGGUAGAAAUUGUGGAAACCAUUCAGAAACUUGCUUAUGUGGGAUCACAGUGGGGCUUCAGUUUUUAUUCCUCUGUUUUGUUCUAUAUGAGUAUUAUCACUAUUACAUUUGUGGCUGAUGUAAGAGAGGAAACGUGUUCAAGCUCCUCGACCGUCACCAGGUCCACGUGUGUGUCGAGGGGGAGGCAGACGGAGGAAGCCCUGAGAACAUUAUGCUAAAAGUUGAUGGGUCCGAAUUCCAGGGAAGAGAUGGGAUGAUAAUAAUUAUUAGUAGUAUUAGUAAUUAUUAUUCUUAUUAAUAUUAUUAUUGGACAUAUUUUGGAACUGAGUAGUAGAGAUCAAUAAGCUCCUUUUGUCAGGCUGCUUUGUGUGUGUCAGUUUGUGGGUGCUGUGUGUUUGUACGUGAGUAUGCCAGUUUGCGCGUGUGUGUGCGUGUGUGUGUGUGUGUGUGCGUGCGUGCUGUGAAUGCUACAUGUGAUCCUGCAUCUAUAUUAGCAGUGUGCAUUCUAUGGCGUGAGGCACUUGAGCAAAGUCGUAGACUUUGACGCUCUAUGUUAAAAGACUAUGGAGCAAGCCAAGGCUACACAUACAGUACUUUGUCCAUCAGUAUAACAGGGCAUCUAUGCUAUAUCACUGCCUCCAUGCAUUAAUAAUGUAUCAUGGCUCAUUGUUGGCCAACAAUAAACUCAUGUGCAUGGAUAUGAGUGAGACGGAAACAGAUUCAUCGAUGGAGGAUAUGGGCGAAGGGACUUUCACUUAGAGCCCUGAUCUUUUUAAGAGCAUUUUUCCUGAGGUGUUACACCUCGUGUGAGGUGUGUAUUAUUGCCAUUCUGUUAACGAAAUAUUGCAGAUACUUCACUCUUUUUCACAUUGUUACGAUGUGGUGUUUCCUCAGUUGUGAGAGGGUGCUUUGAGUUUGGGCAGAGUAGCGACCUCUCACACGUGGAAACAGGUGAGAACGAUGUCUUGACGAAAGUAAGGCUAUGCUUUUUAAAGUGUGGAGGACAUUAGACUCCUCUGUGUUCAUUAGCAGGGAGGGAACAGGGUGUGGCGGAGACAGAACGAGACAGAAUACAGGGACCGUUUGAUACUAAGAAGUCACUGUGGAACUGUGGAAGGCACCUGAGUGCACAGCGCAGGAUGGGGGGACAGGCAGGAUUUCUGUGGUGCAGGAGCAUGCUGCUGUGUAGGAGAUGGGGAGGAUUUUACAGCCAGUGGCUGGAAGAUGAUGACCAGCAAAAGACGCCCAAGGGCCUCAUGACAAAAUUUUGUUGUCUGCAUAUUUGGAUGGAAUCAACAAUAAUUUCUCGAAACGGAUGUCUACAAUGACACAGCUCAGUGAGCAAAAAUGUCCUGGGUUUCCAUUUUCAUGGAAAAUAAAUGAGGAACUAAGAAACUAGGACUGUACAGUGCCAGAUCGCAUGAGCUUGAACUGUCUUUUU